GAAGCUACCAUACGCGUUCAGUAGUUGCGGUCCGUCGGUGUGCACUUAUUGACAUUUCGGCUAACCGUUGCGCGCGCACGUCCGACUGUCGACGUUAGUUCUUUUUCUCAUUAUCUUUUAUAAAAAUUGUUUUACCGCCAAAAUUUUCAAAGGUACUUACAAAUCAUUACAACAGUGACAUGUCUGAAUCGAUUUCGCUGACCGGCAUCGGACCCCCGUCCGACACCAAGGAAAAAAAAUCAAAAUCAUACGCGGUGAAUGUACCACAAGAAAACGUGUCGCUCAAUGUCAAUGGAUCUCCACCAUAUGAUCCUCACGCGCACAGGAUACUUGAACAUCCCACCACAAAUAACGAGACACUCAUUCACUUGCUAAAAGGCAGUUUGGGAACUGGGAUUCUGGCCAUGCCCAACGCCUUUUACAACUCUGGACUGCUCAUCGGAACCGUAGGCACCAUCCUUAUCGGCAUCCUUUGCACGUAUUGUUUGCACGUCUUGGUUAGAUCUCAGUACCUGUUGUGCAAGAGACUUCGAGUGCCCAUACUCAGUUACCCGGAUUCCAUGAAAUACGCCUUACAAGAAGGUCCAGCUUUUUUGCGAUUCGGAGUUCCUCUUUCCGCGUUUAUCGUUGACGGAUUCUUGAUCGUCUAUCAGCUGGGAAUAUGUUGUGUGUACAUCAUGUUCAUCGGAACUAGUAUCAAACAGGUGUUGGACAUUUACAUUGAACCGAUGAAUGAGCGAUACUAUAUGCUGGGGAUUUUGAUCCCAUUGGUGGCCAUAAAUCUCAUCAGAAACUUAAAACUUUUGGCGCCCUUUUCGCAGGCGGCUAAUAUCAUCACGUUUGUCGGACUUGCAAUUGUACUUUGGUACAUAUUCACCGACCUGCCGCCCAUAGAUUCGAGACCGUUGAUUGGUGAACCGAGAAAAUACACUCUGUUUGUAGGCACAACCCUAUUCGCUUUAGAAGCCGUUGGUGUGGUACUUGCAUUGGAGAACAACAUGAAAACCCCAGCAUCUUUCGGUGGUACAACUGGCGUUCUUAAUAUUGGUAUGACUAUCAUCACAAUCAUGUACGUUGGGAUGGGCUUCUUUGGAUACGUCAAAUAUGGUGAAAAUGCACUGGGCAGCGUGACGCUCAACUUACCGAAUAAAGACACCCUCUCACAAGCUGUCAAACUUAUCUUCGCGUUCGCUAUAUUCAUCACGUAUGCACUUCAAGCGUACGUGCCAGUGGAUAUCAUCUGGAAUACGUACAUGAAGAAGAGAAUUCAAAAUUGGGAUAAGGCGACCAUGGAAUAUCUGCUCCGCAUAUCCGUUGUGCUCAUUACGUUCAUAUUGGCCAUCGCCAUACCUCUGUUGGAGCUGUUCAUAUCGCUGUUCGGCGCCCUAUGUUUGUCCGUACUGGGCAUUGGGUUCCCGGCGCUUAUCGAGAUCUGCGUCCUGUGGCCUGAACGUAACUUCGGUCGCUUUAAUUAUGUACUCAUCAAGGACAUCAUAUUGAUCAUCAUUGGCGUCCUGGCCUUGGUUCUAGGCACGUAUAUCAGCUUGCAGGACAUCGCCAGGAAGUUGUAGUGUGAAUACAAUAUUACAUAAUUAUUUUAGUCUAUUAAGUUAUUCCUUACAAAUAAUGAAGAAGUUUUACUGACCGUGCCCAUAAUUUACUAUUAUUACUAUUAUUAUUACGAUUGUGAUCAUACUUAUUUUUCAGUUUAUUUAAUUUAUUAUUUAAAUUUAAUUUUUGCGUGAACGUAAAUCACGCGUGUUCACAGGGUCUCGUCAUGGUGUAUAUUGUACGUUGAAAAAAUGACGAGGUUUUUACGUUUCAUGAAGUAAUUUUUGCUUUAAGAGUUUUCUAAUAUGGCGUAAGUCAGAGGUUAAAAAUUCGUCUGGUGUUGUGUAUGCAAUUCGAUAACGAAAUUCAUGACCUAUUUGAUAAAUACGUUAUUUUUAUUCAUUGAAAGGAACAGUAUAUUCCCGCACACAUUUUUUGUUAAAUAUUUAUUUUUUUCAACGAUUAUUCUAAUGUUUGAUAUUUGUCUCCGCCAUGAGUUAGAGUUUGGCACUAAAAUGUAGGACGAGAGUAGUUCAAUUAUUUUGUAAAAGAAUAAUAAGAAACUGUGGUAUUGUUAUCACACUGUUAUCAUUUUGAAUAAUGGCAAUAUUUUAUUUUUAUAUAACAUACAGAUUUUAUAGUGCCUUUAGCCAAAAUAAAUUAUAAUAAUAUGUUAAACGUAAUGAAUAUUAUACUAUUUAGAAGGUGUUAUGCAUAGUUUAUUAUUAUAUUUCUUAAUUUACAUAAUAAUUAAAAGAAAAAACUAUUAUGUGCUGUUACUGACAUCUUUCGAUGUAAGAACCACACACUCUAUUAUAAGUUUGAUUUAGUAACUGAGACUCUAUUAGUAAUAAUAAUAUUUUUGUUAAUAUUGCAAUAACAUUGUUAUGUUCUGGCAAAUGUGUCCAUAGUAAAGCUGAUUAUUUUUAAAUACUAUACAUUAAGGUUUUAUAAAAUAUUGUGUAAAUAAACACUAUUAUAGCAAUAAUA